AUGGCCAGGCCGGGGCGGUGGAGCGGCGGCGGCUCGGCCCCACCCCGGGACCGCCGGCGGGGCAGGAAGGGGCGGACCGGGCUGGGCCGGUGCACGGCUCAGCUCGGCUCGGCUCGGCAUGGGGGGUCCGCGGCGCCUGCUGCUGAUCUCCAACUCCACCCUGCACGGAGGAGGGUACCUGGGCCACUGCCAGCAGCACAUCCAGCGCUUCCUCGGGCAGUAAGCGCCGUGCAGGGCUGCGGGACGCGCCCGGCCCCGCCUCCGCCGUGCCGACCGCUCUCUCCCCUCUCUUCCCUCUCUUCUCCCAGGAAGGUGAAGCGGGUGCUGUUCAUCCCCUACGCCCUGCACGACCGCGACGCCUACGCCCGCACGGCCAGGGAGAAGUUUGAAAGCCUGGGUUAUGGGCUGGACAGCAUUCAUGAAUCUUGUGAUCCAGUGGAAGCCAUAAGGAAAUCUGAAGCAAUAUUUAUUGGAGGUGGGAACACAUUCCGUCUCCUGAAAGCUCUUUAUGACAACAGUCUGAUACAUGAGAUCAGGAAGAGAGUUCUUGAGGACGGGAUUCCCUACAUGGGAUCCAGCGCAGGAACCAACGUUGCUACUGUCAGCAUCAAUACCACCAAUGACAUGCCAAUUGUUUAUCCACCUUCCCUGCAGGCUCUAGGAUUAGUUCCUUUUAAUAUUAACCCCCACUACCUGGACCCAGACAUUAAAAGAACUCACAUGGGUGAGACAAGAGAGGAAAGAAUCCACCAGUAUCAUGAAGAACCAAACACCCCUCCAGUUCUGGGCUUGCGGGAAGGUACGAUGCUGUUAGUGGAAGGAGAUAAAGCCACGCUGCAAGGAGUGACAGGAGCACGUCUGUUUUUGAGGGGUAAGAAACCAACUGAACAUGAGCCUGGAACAGAUUUCAGUUUCCUCCUGACUGACAGCAAUCCCCUGAAUCCAUAGCCUUCCAUAUUUUGCAGCAAAAGUUACUAUAUGGGGAAGACAAUGAGGAAAAAGGAAACUCUGGGAAACUCUUGUUGUCCCAGAGUGGGUGUGGUAUUUCAGAUUUAUAAAUAAAGAUAAAUAUGCAUUA